GAUCCUGAUAAAAUUGAGUGGUGUAAAUGGCUAAUUUCUGGUGGGGUGACAUUUGACGAAUUUUCAAAGACAGUCGGUCAAUAUGAUGAUGCUGUCACCUGUGGCCUAGUAUGGACGUCUAAUUUUGUGGCCUAUAGAUGUCGUACAUGUGGUAUAUCACCAUGUAUGUCACUAUGUUUCGAAUGUUUUCAAGGCGGUAAUCACGAGGGUCAUGAUUAUAAUAUGUUUAGGAGCCAUGCUGGAGGAGCAUGUGAUUGUGGAGAUAUCAGUGUUAUGGAUGAAAAGGGAUUUUGCUGUCGUCAUGGCCCAUCUAGGAAAACCAAGAAUCUGUCACCGCCAGCUGAUCUGAUGUUUGCAGCUGAAAUAAUAAUACCAAGAUUAAUCAUGCGAUUACUAUAUCAUCUGCGAGAUAGUUCACAAGCUCAUGCUCCAAGUUAUGCUGCACCAUAUCUAGCCAUGGUGGAGUGUGAAAAGUUUGUAGAUUUCUUACAUUCAUUAGCUGAUAUGGGAGCUGCCAUGAGAAAAGUUAUUGCCAAGUCUUUAACUAAUCCACAAAUUUAUGAAAAAAUGACUACUGGUAUAAAUGGCGCAUCUUUCCCUUUAAGACAUACACCUUGUAUUAUUUCAGUUAUUGAAAAAGAAGAUGAAAGUAAUAGAUAUUUUGUACAGAAUCAGAAAUCUUAUCAAACUAUGAUAAAUAUGACUCUUUAUCCAGAUAGUUUUAAUAGGUAUCACGGUAAGUUGAAGCAUUUAUUCUCAGAUUUGCCUAGGGAAAUAAAUAUCAUUUCUAUUACAGGUAAAAUCGGAUUAAGUCAGAGAUUAAGUCAUGAAAGUUUAUUAGAUGAAUUAAUAUUUUGGAGUGUUCGCUAUUAUUUUCCUACUAAUAUUAAUACAUUGUUAUUAAAAAUGUUACCAGAAGAUGAGUAUAAGAUUGCCUUUGCUAAAGGUUAUGUGAAACAUUACAGUCGAAUGUCCUUACUGCUAUCUGAAUCUAGAGAGAGGGUCAAGGUUGCUAAUCGCGUGGUACAUAUCAGCGUACAGUUAUUCAGUAACGAGGUUCUGGCAUACAAGAUGUGUGAAGAUUAUAAUUUAUUGUAUAUAAUGGUAUUAAGUUUAACUCACAUGUUGGAGAAUGUUACUAUUAAUAGUACUUUGGAAGAUAUGACACCAGAACAGAAUUUCCAUGCUGUAGUUGAUUGUAGUCAUGAUAUUAUGAAAGAUCACUGUUAUUGGUCUAUCAUGACUGAUUUUAAUAAUUUACUAUCACAUCGGUCUAUAGCUUUAAAAUUCCUACAAGAUGAAGAACUUGUUACUCUGUGGAUUGAUAUGAUAGUCUAUCUUCAAGGAAUGAAUCUGAAUCAACGAGAACUAUUUCAACAUGUAGAAUUUGAACCAGACAGUUACUACGCAGCUUUUACUGCUGAAUUAGAGUUAUCUGCUCUUCCUAUGUGGUCUAUAUUGUCUCACUGUAAAACUUCUGAAACAUCCAGUUUAAGUCUACGAAUGAUAGCAGCCUGUCAGACAGCUCUACAAGAUUGGUUUGAUGCUAUCAACUGUAAAGAAAGCUCCAAGCCCAACCCCAAUCAGCUCAGUUUUCACCUACCAUUACACCGGUAUCUGGCUGUCUUUAUGAUGCAGGCUGUACAGAAUCAAGGUAUAGAGCUCACCACUAUUAUACCUGAUGAAGAUUCUUUGAAGAAAAUAUUGAUACAUGUUCUACAGAUACAGGUAUGUCUGUCACAGAUACAUGCAGGUCUUUGGGUGAGAAAUGGUGUCCAGAUUAGAGGUCAAGCUAUGACCUAUGUCCAGUCUAACUUCUGUUAUUCUUUAUCAGAUCUAGAUAUACACCUUAUACAGGUUUGUGCAUCUAAACUUGAUCCAGAUUAUUUUGUCAGUUAUGUUUUAAAAAGGUACAAUGUAUUUGAUUGGCUGUCAUUCUCACCAACAUCUAGCUAUAAUACUAUACCCCUAACUGAUGAUCAAGAAAUCAACAUGGUGGAAAGUGUUUUAGCUUUUUUUACAGCACUAGUUAGCACACGCACAUAUUUAGGCAAUCCUGGAAGAACCAAGGAACUCUUUGAUCCUACUUUGAAUGAGAUUGCUGACUUUAAGGCUCCUAAUUUUGAGGUAGUUGGUGGAAUGCAACAAGGAACUUAUGUACCUAAAGGUUUCCUGUGGGAGAAUGAGUAUGAUCCAGUGAAGGUUACCCAGAGAGCUAUACAUAAAGAAGAUCUUCAAGUUUCUUUAGAUAGAUAUACUCAAUAUAUUAAAAAACAUCAUAAUUAUAAGAAGAAAACAGUGCCGUGGCCACCAUUCCGAGUUCCUGGAGAUGUUCAUCAUGCUUAUAAAGGAUUGUAUAAAAUCCUCAAUUCUAAAACCAUGCAUGCUUUUCUUUUUACAGUUUUAUAUAAGGCAGUAAAUACUAAAACAUGGAUACCAGAUAGUAUUCUAUAUUACUGUAUACAUCUAUUAUACCUAGCUUUUCAUUAUACACCACGUAAAGCUACAGUCAAAAAGGCCAGUGCCGGUACUGUAGGAGAUUGUGAGUUUACUGAAUGGUUCUCUAAUUCUGAUAUUCGACACAAUGUCAAUGAGAUCAUCAAUGAAGUCUGUAUAUUUACCCCCACGGAAGUACCGCCAGGGGCGUAUCCCAUGGAAACAGAAGACACCUAUACUGUGGAUACUGAUAUGGAUUCGAAUAACCUUGAAGAAAUGUUCCAAAUUGCUUCCAUAGCAGUUGUAGGUAGGUUAAAUCUUAUGGUGUUUUCACUUGAAACUAAAGGCAAUCCAGGAGCUCGACCUAAGUACCAGAGUCGAGGAGUGUGUACCACUAGCCAUAUCAAGUCAGCAGUCUGUGUUAUUAAGGAAAGUAUGGUGACAUUGUUGAUGAAACUCCACAACAAACUUUCCAGCAAACCAGGCUCUUACAAACCCAUCGCAGUCCAAAAUCGCGAGCCUAUCACCUCAGACAUUGGUGAUGGACCUCAUUUUGUAGCCCGUCUGUUGGAUAGAAUUGCCAGUACCAACAGUGAAUGUAGUUUCUUUGUGAAUCAGGCCUACUCUAGCUGUCUUCCAGAAGAUGUGAAAGAAUAUCAAACUCACAGCAAAGCAGACGACAGUGAAAAAGCAAAAGAAGAAAGACGAAGAAAGGCAAUGGAAAAACAGCGUAAACUGUUAGCUAACUUUGCCUCAAAACAGAAAGCCUUUAUGGAACAAGCUAUGGAUGAUGAAGGUAAGGCAACCUGGAUUUGUAUGGAAGUACCAGAAGAUGAAGGAUUUGAUUGUGUUAUUUGUUAUCAGUCAACACCAUCAACAGCUGAACGACCUGUUGGUUUAGUUGUCUUUAAUCAAGCUACUAGUGUCUUGGCACAUUGUCCUAAAGUAGAAGGUAGAGAAUCAGUAAACCUGCUGGAGAAAGAAUAUCCACGGUAUUCUAAUAGAGGAAUGGUCCAACGCAGACAGCUAGAAGAACUUAUUCAAAACUUUGAUGAGCGAUCAUGUCAGAUGUCUGUAAAUAUAGGAUGGGAAGGUGGUGUUAUAGUCCAAUCUUGUGGUCAUUAUUUACAUUUAGAUUGUCAUCAUUCUUACGUUAAAUCUUUAAAGUCGCAGGAAAGUUCCAUAUUUUCAUCAGUGAAAGAUGGAGAAUAUUACUGUCCGCUGUGCCGACAACUGAGUAAUUCUGUCAUACCAAUAGUACCAGAGGAAAAUAAACAGUCACUAGUUAAACCUAUAUCAGAAGAUCCUAGACAAAUGGUAAUAGAUAUAGCUGAGAUGAUGGUCACAAGGCCUAUAACUCCGGUAAGUAAUAUUUCAGGAUCUGAAUUAUUAACUAAAGCUAUGGGAAGUGUAAUGGAGGAUUUAUUACAUACAACCUACGCCAAGUUCCGAACCUAUUCUUAUACUAGUUCAGAAUGUGUUUAUUUACUCUUUGUUUGUUCUGUGGCAAGGAGUAAUUUGGAGCUAGAACUGAUACAACUUGGAGGAAAUUUGAAACAAAUAUCACAAUUAAAUAUAGCUAAAAAAUCUUCCUUCUUGCCUUUAUUACAUGUAUUGAGUUUACACAGUAAAAUUUUAACAUUGUCACCUACUCCCUAUACCCCCUUGUGGAGUCAUAUAACUGGUGUUACAUGUAACAAUUCAGAUGAUUUAAGUUUGUCACUGUACCAGAAAGAUGUCCCAUUACUGUUAAAAGAUAUGACGGCCUUGUUGAUACAAUUUGUUUUAACUCUUCCUUUUACCAUCAAAGAAGAACAUUUUAGCUUUGUCCUACAGAUGUUGUAUAAUGCAUUAUAUGUACAAGCUUUAACUGUGGUCAUCUGUAAAUUUGGGUUUGAGGAAAGAAAAGCCUGGGGAGAGAAAGGAAGACAUGCUACAGUAGACUCACUAGAAGGGAUGUUAAGUCAUUUGAUUACUAGAAUUAACUGUAGUAGAUUGUUUGAACAAGAGUUAGACCAGACAUUUGCAGCUAUUUGUCAGAGUGUUUGGUCUCCACAGAGUGUAGAAAUGAGUUUACAGGAACACAUGUUACCAUUUCUCAGAAUGGCCGUCAUAUUGAAACAUCAUUUAUUUAAAACAAUAUAUCCAGAAAAUCAAAAUGAAGCAGAGUAUAUAUAUUUAUGUAAAUUAUUAAACCUUGUUAAAGGUGAUAGUCCCCCUUCUAAAGAAUUAACAAGUUCUAGUUUAGUCAGAUGGGCAGCUCCAGAACCAAUACAAUUAACACGAGCUUGGUGUGUCCAUUUUAUUGAUUUUGUGAACACAAGUCCUGCCGUAGCCAGAUCUCUGUUGAUGGUCAAUCAAGUUUGGUACCGGCCUAAAUUAAUACCUCUACCUAAAGAAUAUUACCAGAUAUUUCAACAUUAUCGAAGUAAAACUUGUGUAGAAUGUAAGAGAACACCUAAAGAUCCCACAUUGUGUCUGGUGUGUGGAAAAUUAAUUUGUUUCCGAGAAGAUUGUUGUAAACAAAACUCUACUGGAGAAUGUACACAGCAUUCGGUAUCAUGUGGUGGAAGUACUGGUAUAUUUCUACUAGUUAAUUCUAGUAUAAUAGUAGUUAUACGUGGAGCCAGAGCUACUAUCUGGGGUUCAGUCUAUUUAGAUGAUCAUGGUGAAGAAGAUAAAGAUUUAAGACGUGGUAAACCAUUGUAUUUAAGUAAAGAAAGAUAUACUAUAUUAGAACAACAGUGGCUGAAUCAUAAUUUCAACCAAGUGUGUAAAAAUUGGAGUUGGCAC